CGCCAGUGGGCGAUAGGAUUUUGUUUCAGGUUUCAAUCUAUGGCAGUAUGGAUCGAGUGAGUAAAUACCAAAUCUUGAAAAUGCCUAGAAAUUAUAAGCUGUCUCGAUACUUUUCUGGGUUUACAGCCAAGCCAAUAAUUUACUACUUUCUACAUCCCUCCAAGAAUAUGAUGUCUCGUCCGUGACUUUCAUGCUGUCAAUCCUCUUACCCCAAUGCCUGUGUAUAUAUAUGUGUAUGUGUAUUUGUAAAUAUCUUUAGUAUAUUAGGUGUGGGUAUGAUUUGUGUUCCAAGGAACACAUCCCAUGCUUACCUUAAACUCCAUUCUUUGACCUCUCAGAUAAGGUUACAGUUAGUUCUUUUCAGGGUAUUUUUCAGAAUUAAAUUCCUUUAAUUCUUUAAAUUGAGUUAAUUUUCAAGAAACUGACUCUGAUUUAUUGUGUCUUAAAAUUUAAUUUAUGAUUUUUAACUUUAGAGAAGGAACCAUUAUUGCCCUUUAAGAGGCUAUGGUGUUUCCCUUUCUCAGUUACAUUCUUUAUUGAUUGAUUGCUAUAUAUUGGACCAUUAGUGGGGUUGGUUUUGUUCUAUUAUACUAAAAAAAAUAUAAAGAUUCAGUCUUUCAAGUUUGGCUGUAUCUUGAUCACUUGAUGAAAAACUGAGUUCUUUUGUUACUAGUUAGUUGUUUUUGUUCUUACUUUUGGGUUUCUGUUGAAUGAGAGAAAUCAUAUCUGCACAGGUCUUUAUUGGUGCUUAUAAGUAGGUUUGUUUUGUUCAGUUCAACAAAAAGGUUCAGUGUUCCAAGUGUUUAAUUUAAUAAAAUCCAUGGAUGAAUCUUGAUAGCAAAUGUUUUCUUGAGGUUCUAUUCAUAUAUAUAUAUAUAUAUAUAUAUAUAUAUUCUACUUUGGGGUUUCCUUUUGAUUGAAAGAGAUCAUUGUUACAAAAAUUAAAGAUGAGGUGUUUGCUGAUGUUGGGAGUGGUUAUGUUUUCGUUUAUGUGUGGAUUUGUUCUGAGUAAAGAAUGUACUAACAUUCCUACUCAGCUGUCAUCUCACACUCUGAGAUAUGAGCUCUUAUCAUCAAAGAAUGAGAGUAGGAGAAAAGAAAUGUUUGGGCACUACCAUUUGACUCCCACCGAUGAUUCGGCCUGGUCUAAUUUGCUUCCGAGGAAGAUGUUGAAGGAGGAAGAUGAAUUUGAUUGGAUGAUGAUGUAUAAGAAGAUAAAGAAGUCUGGUGGGGUUAAGGGAGUUGGCGGUUUUCUGAACGAGGUUUCGCUCAAUGAUGUGAGGCUAGACCCGAAUUCAAUCCAUGGAAGAGCUCAACAAACUAACUUGGAGUACUUGUUGAUGUUGGAUGUUGAUAGACUGGUGUGGAGCUUCAGGAAGACUGCUGGCUUGGAAACUCCUGGUGAGCCAUAUGGAGGAUGGGAGGGAGCAACUGUUGAGCUUCGAGGUCAUUUUGUAGGGCAUUACCUUAGUGCCUCGGCACAAAUGUGGGCUAGUACACACAAUGACACUCUCAAAGAGAAAAUGUCUGCUGUUGUUUCUUCGUUAUCGGCCUGUCAAGAGAAAAUGGGAUCGGGAUAUUUAUCUGCUUUCCCAUCUGAGCUGUUUGACCGCUUUGAAGAUAUAAAGCCUGUAUGGGCACCAUACUAUACGAUUCACAAGGUUUUGGCAGGUCUGUUGGAUCAGUACACACUUGCUGGCAAUUCUCAAGCUUUGAAAAUGACAACCUGGAUGGUUGAUUACUUUUAUAACCGUGUGCAAAAUGUGAUCUCAAAAUAUACGAUUGAAAGACACUGGUUAUCCUUAAAUGAAGAAACUGGCGGUAUGAAUGAUGUUCUUUAUAGGUUGUACAGCAUAACGGCUGAUCCAAAGCACUUAUUGUUGGCUCACCUUUUUGACAAACCAUGUUUUCUGGGUCUGCUGGCAGUUAAGGCUGAUGACUUAUCAGGUUUUCAUACAAACACACACAUCCCAAUUGUCAUUGGAUCUCAAAUGCGUUACGAAAUAACUGGCGAUCCAAUUUAUAAGGAAAUUGGGACUUAUUUUAUGGAUAUUGUCAAUACUUCACACGCCUAUGCAACUGGAGGAACAUCAGUUAGUGAAUUCUGGUCUGAUCCAAAGAGGUUGGCUAGCACACUACAGACCGAGAAUGAAGAGUCCUGUACAACUUAUAACAUGCUGAAGGUCUCUAGAAACCUUUUCAGAUGGACCAAGGAGAUGGCUUACGCUGAUUAUUAUGAGAGAGCCUUAACAAAUGGAGUUCUUAGCAUCCAAAGAGGAACAGACCCUGGAGUCAUGAUUUAUAUGCUUCCGCUACAUCCUGGUGCUUCCAAGGCCAAAAGUUACCAUGGAUGGGGAACAAAAUUCGAUUCUUUCUGGUGCUGCUACGGGACAGGAAUUGAAUCCUUUUCCAAGUUGGGAGAUUCUAUAUACUUUGAAGAGCAAGGAGAAGUUCCAGGAAUCUACAUUAUUCAGUACAUAUCUAGCUCACUUGAUUGGAAAUCUGGUCAGAUUAAACUGAGGCAGAGUGUAGAUCCAGUUGGUUCACAGGAUAAUCGCCUUCGCGUGACAAUUACAAUAACAUCAAAGCAGUCAUCUAGUGUAUCGUCUACGCUACAUUUGAGAGUACCGAUUUGGACAAAUGCAAGUGGUUCAAAGGCCUCGCUAAAUGGAGAAGCUGUAUCUCUACCGCCACCAGGCAACUUCCUAUCAAUUACCAGAAGUUGGGCCUCUGGUGACAAAAUUACUCUUGAGCUGCCUAUGAGUAUUAGAACCGAAGCCAUUAAAGAUGAGAGGUCAGAUUACGCUUCUGUGCAGGCAAUCCUUUAUGGUCCAUACCUUCUUGCUGGUCUAUCCAAUGGCGAUUGGGGUAUUAAAGCAACGUCAACUGAUUCUCCUUCAGACUGGAUAGCCCCAGUUGCAACUGAAAAUUCUCAUCUGAUUUCUCUGACCCAAGAAUCCGGGAAUGAUGUUUUCGUUCUUACAAACUCAAAUCAGUCAAUCAACAUGGACAAAUACCCUGAAACCGGAACAGAUUCUGCCAUCAGAGCCACAUUCCGGCUCAUCUCAAAAGACGACACUUCUAAAACACAUUCAGACUUCAUAGGGAAACUUGUCACGUUAGAGGCAUUCGACUAUCCAGGAAUGGUUGUGAUGCAUCAAGGAAAAGACAACAACUUGGUAGUGACAAGUUCUUCAGACGACAGCGGCUCUUCUGCCUUUCUUUUGAGCACUGGUUUAGACGGGAAAAAUGGGACAGUAUCCUUAGAAUCCACGUCGCAGAAAGGGUGUUAUGUUUAUAGUGGCGUGGACUAUAAACCCGGUUUAGGUGUGAAGCUUAGCUGCAUGGAUGGGUCCUCAGAUGCUGGAUUCAAACAGGCUGCAAGCUUUAAACUGGAAAGUGGGAUCACUGAAUAUCACCCUAUCAGUUUUGUGGCAAAAGGACCAGAAAGGAACUUUGUAUUGGCUCCAUUACUUAGUUUGAGGGAUGAAUCAUAUACUGUGUAUUUUGACUUUCAGUCUUAGGAAUGAAUGUUAUUAUAUAUAAAUACUCAGUAUUUGGAUGUCCAAUCAUGGGGUGGCAGUAAGCAGACUAGGGUUUGGUCCAGAAAACACUGAAAUGCAGUCUGUAACUCUUUUGCUUUAAUUUGGCAAUAUGGUGCAAAUUAAGUCUCCUGCAAUGUUAAGUAAUUCCUGAGAGUUUA